GGAACAGCUCCGAAUCUAUGUGGGGCAGCCAAAGAAAAGUUUCGCCUGGCUUAGUUAACACUUACCUGCAGAAGUGGGAUUAAUUGGAGAAGCCUUGGGAGGAGACUAUACACACAGAACUCUACAAUCCUUGGAUCUAUGUGAUAAUGAAACCAGCAAUUGUGCUUCUCAUACUGCAAACAAUUAUUCGUGGAACGUGCUCUGAAAACCUUUCUUUGACUGCCCUGUUGGAGAGGUACUGUGAGGCUCUGUCUGCUCUCUAUAACAUCACAGGUCCCUAUUGUAGCGCUACCAUUGACCAGAUUGGCACGUGCUGGCCCAGGAGCCUAGCCGGGGAACUUGUGGAAAGACCCUGCCCAGAUUCCUUCAAUGGGAUCAGAUACAACACAACUAGAAACGUCUACAGAGAAUGCUUUGAGAAUGGAACCUGGGCGUCCUGGAUGAAUUACUCUCAGUGUGUGCCCAUUCUGGAUAAUAAGAGGAAGUACGCCCUUCAUUACAAGAUUGCUCUCAUCAUAAACUACCUGGGGCACUGCAUCUCCAUCUUGGCUCUCGUUAUCGCUUUCUUGCUCUUUCUGUGUUUGAGGAGUAUAAGAUGCCUUCGGAACAUUAUCCACUGGAAUUUAAUCACUACUUUCAUCCUGAGGAACAUCAUGUGGUUCCUGCUGCAGAUGAUUGACCAUAACAUUCAUGAAAGCAACGAGGUCUGGUGUCGGUGUAUCACAACUAUUUACAAUUACUUUGUGGUGACCAACUUCUUCUGGAUGUUUGUGGAAGGAUGUUACCUACACACAGCUAUAGUGAUGACAUACUCAACGGACAAACUUAGGAAAUGGGUGUUCCUCUUCAUAGGAUGGUGUAUUCCAUCUCCGAUCAUUGUCACCUGGGCCAUCUGCAAGCUUUUCUAUGAAAAUGAACAGUGUUGGAUUGGGAAGGAGCCCGGGAAAUACAUUGAUUACAUUUACCAGGGGCCGGUGAUUCUCGUACUUCUGAUAAAUUUUGUGUUCUUAUUCAACAUUGUAAGAAUUUUGAUGACAAAACUGAGAGCUUCAACUACAUCUGAAACGAUACAGUACAGGAAGGCUGUGAAGGCAACGUUAGUCCUUCUCCCUCUUCUGGGAAUCACCUACAUGCUCUUCUUCGUCAACCCUGGAGAGGAUGACGUUUCUCAGAUCGUUUUUAUUUACUUCAACUCGUUUCUUCAGUCCUUUCAGGGUUUCUUUGUGUCAGUAUUUUACUGCUUCCUUAAUGGGGAGGUCCGGUCGGCUGCAAGGAAAAGAUGGCACCGCUGGCAAGACCACCAUUCUCUGCGGGUUCGGGUAGCCAGAGCCAUGUCCAUACCAACAUCACCGACCAGAAUCAGCUUUCACAGUAUAAAGCAAACGGCAGCCGUCUGAUUGUAAUACCGCAAGAGACCACUAGGUUUCACGUUCUUUGCCCUGAGGUUUCUUUUUUGUUGUUUGUUUUUUGCACUUUGAGGUGCCCUUGCGUGUUUGGUGGCCACACAUUUACAUUCGUACAUGAAGCUUUAGCGCCGCGAGGUGGACAACAUGGGAGAUGGACUGAGAACAAACGGCUGGAGGGCCGAGCGCCUUCUUCUGAAGAACCAUAGGGUGGUGGAAGCACAAACUACAGAAGGUGCCUCGGUGCCACAGCCAUUGAGUUUCUUCUUCUUUGUGUUUUUUUUUUAAUUUAAAUGUUGUGAUUGGACAGUGACUUCAGCUCCUUUUCAUUGGUCGGAAGGUCGUUUCGCUGCAGAUAUGACUGUGUUUUUGAAUAUUUUCAUAGGUGUGUAUUUAUAAAUCUCUUUAUGGACACCGACGGAAGCGAACCAGAACCUCUUGGUUGUUUUCUCAGCGCUGUUCAUUGUAUUUGCUGGGCUGCUUUUUUUAGGGAAGGGCAAACGGGGGAAUUUGCUCUGGGGGCCCCCCAGCGACACUGGUGGGAAAUCGGAUAAAAGUGCAAAGGAAAGGAGUGGGAUAUGUUUAGUAUAUACAUCAAGUGUGGCCCUCAAGUUGUUAUUGAACUGGACCACCAGAUGAAAAUCCAAGAUUUACGUAAUUUCCCCUCCCCCCUUUCAGAUGGGCCCCAACCUUCCUUUAUUGCCAGGGGCCUGUUUAUUUGCUGUUCUGUGUUUUUAGAGCUAAUGGUUUUUUUUGUUGUUUCAAGAUAAAUGAUAAUGAUUUCUGCUUUUUGAUCAGAUCAGUAAUCAAGUUUAUUAAUUACAGGUAUGGGACCUGUUAUUCAGAAUACUCCGGACCAUGGGUCUUCCAGAUAAGGGGUCUAA